GAGGGGAACUAUAAAACGAGCGCAUCUCCGCAUGACGUCAGCACUUUUGUUUAUUAGCUUGUUGCAGCGGGUAGUUAGCUACGUCUUGUGUCUCGACACGUCUCUGUUCUAGCAUUAGUCAUUGAGGGCUGCGUCUUGUCUUACAGUGUGUGUGGCUUCAUUGUUUAGUUAGCGGUUAGUUUCCUGACUGAAAAAUGUCGGUUAAUGGACCCGGACCCGGACCCAGACCCGGAGAAGACGCCACAGACGCGAGGCGAGACGACGGACAACGGGCGGAGGGGUCUUUGUCUACCCCCGUUGCUAUGGACGUGGAUGCUAAGCCCCACUUACGCAGCUUCAGAUACAGCCUCAAUUUCCCCAGCAAAGGCCAGUGCAUCAUCAUCAACAACAAGAACUUUGACAGAGGAACAGGCAUGAAUCAGCGAAAUGGUACCGAUGUAGAUGCAGCCAACAUGAUGAAAGUGUUUUCUAACUUGGGUUAUAAAGUGAAGAUUUACAAUGACCAGUCAGUCAAGCAGAUGGAGCAGGUUUUAACUGCUGUGUCAAAGGAAGACCACAGCAGCUCGGCCUCAUUCGUCUGUGUUCUGUUAAGUCAUGGAGAUGAAGGGAUGAUUUUUGGUACCGAUGGCUCAAUACAGCUUCAUGACCUUACAUCUCUUUUUCGAGGCGAUCGCUGCAAAUCACUGGCGGGAAAGCCCAAACUCUUCUUUAUCCAGGCCUGCAGAGGCACUGAACUUGAUCCAGGCAUUGAAGAGGACAGUGGAAACGAUGGCACUACCAAGAUCCCUGUGGAGGCGGACUUCCUCUAUGCCUACUCCACAGCCCCAGGCUACUACUCAUGGAGGAAUACUAUGACAGGGUCCUGGUUUAUCCAGUCUGUGUGCGAUAUGAUCAAUGCAUACGGAAAAGAAUUGGAGCUCCAGCACAUCCUGGUACGAGUGAACCACAAGGUGGCAGCAGAGUUUGAGUCUAUCUCCAACUCACCAGGCUUUCAUGCAAAGAAACAAAUCCCAUGCAUUGUGUCAAUGCUGAGGAAAGAGAUGUAUUUUUUUCCUUGAGUGUCUUCUCUGCAGCAGAAAACCUCAGCGUUUAGAAGAAAAGCUUGAAGAUGUGCAUGCAAGAGUGUUGGCUGUGAAUUAUUUUCGUUUACACUUUCUGACUGAAUCUGUCUUGAAAUUUCAUCCUCGAUAUUUCUGUCAUACAAAACAGCUGUUUCAUUUCAGAAGCUUGGCAUUAUAAGGUUCUCCCCGCAUAUAAUAGUUAAUAACACAUCUGGCGUUAAUAUCUUUAACCCAGUAGCUUCUGUUUUUACACAAUGAACCUUAAAAAAGGUUGUUUUUAAAACAAGUCGGUAAUUUUUAAAAAAAAAGUGAACCACUGGAAACCAUUUUAAAAUUGUCCUUAUUUGUCCUUAUAAUUUCAAGCUCAAAAUUUGGUACCAUUGGAUGCCUCUCUGCUGUUACACUAUGCAUUUCAGGGAAAUAUAGUGGGAGCCAGUUUGAUAUGAAUUUGUUUAAUCAUGAAACCAUAGCUGGGAUAAUGGCCUCCAUCAUCAACAUUUCUAUGAAUCAGCAGUUUAUUUUAACUUGAGUGUUUAUAGAAAUGAUGAAGGGCUCACGUGUAUAAUGUCUGUGCCUUUUUUUUUUAACAUUGCGUCAGUGUAGUGACAUCUGACAUGAAGGUUGCACAACCCAAAAUUAUCAUGUCAUUCUGUACAGUAGUACCUAAUGAGCUGUCUGUAACCUAAAUAUACACUUGUUCUCGGUAAGGAAAUUAGAGGUUAAAGGUCCAUAUUGUCAGUUUUAAGACUAAGAGUUUUCAUGUUUGUUUUUUUACACUAUUUUCUAAACAGGGAUUUCUCCAAUUAGUGGGCUGCUGGUUUAAUAGCAUGCAUGAGUAAAGCCAGCUAACCUGCACACAAAUGCUGUUUGAGGCGAGUCACUUUUGUGGAGUUACUUGUACUUUGAAUACAACUUUACAUUUCACACUUAAA